GAAUAUUUAUUGGUCUGCCAAAAUAGUACCCUCUGUAACUUUUCCACCCUAAUAAAUAUUCUCCAAUCCCUAGAGCAAUUUGCACCUCCAAAACCAUUCUAAGUUGUCACAUAACAUACCAGCAAACCCAUGAAGAAGACUCGAACAUUUCAACUUCAAAGAGCUUCUUUAGUGGAAAGCCCUCCUCCUCCUGCUCCUCUUCCUCCUCAAGCCACAUCUCAUGUCCCCAGAAAUUCUCCUUUGAUUGAGUUUCCAACCUCUCCUCAGCUGAUUCUGGGAGAAGAUAUGCUUCAUUUCAGUCACCCUCAACAUCCUCUUUCUCAUAUUAACUUGCCUGACCUCUUCACGUGUGCAGGCUGCAAGGAAUAUGGGGCAGGUACCAGGUUCGCUUGCCAGCAAUGUCAGUUUGAGCUUCACGAGUUCUGCGCCUUGGCUCCUCCGGUCCUCAAGAGCCACCCCUUCCAUCUCCAACACCAUCUUUUAUUCUAUUCCAAACCAGCUAAAAGUGGAAUUUUGAAUUCGAAGUGUGACAUCUGCGGGAAGCCCACCAAAGGCUACAAUUUCAGAUGCACAGUUUGCGGUUUUCAAAUGCACCCAUGUUGUGCCAUGCUCUCCACUGAUAUCAACUACUCAGGCCAUCCACACCCACAACUCAAACUCUUGCCUGCAACCACUCUAUCAAACGGCGGUAACCAUGAUUUUGUCUGCGCAGAGUGUAACAGGAAGAGGUCCGGCCGAGUAUACCGUUGCACAGUUUGUGAUUACCAUCUCCAUGCAGUGUGCGCCAAGAAUAGGGUGAAUGGGCUUCAAGCAAAUGGCCACAAGGGGAAAGAGAAAGCGAGCAUGCUAGGCACUGCAGCUCGGAUCGCUUCUCAGGUUGUCAUAGAGUUCAUUGGUGGCCUGGUCGAGGGGCUUGGAGAAGGUGUUGGACAAGUUCUGAUUCAGAGCGUUGGGAGGGGAAGGAACAAUACCACCAGAAGAUCUACAAUUGAAUAGCCAACCAGUGCUUGUAUGUAUGCAGCAUAUGCAGUGUGAGCUAGUGCCAAUUAAGAAUAGGUUUUUUCGUUGUUCGUUUGUUUGUUAUCAUUUCAUGAAACUGUCCAUAGCUGAUGCCGUCUGGAAUUAGGCCCAGAGCUACCGUAAGAAACCACCGCGAUGACAACUCAGGCUGCAGUAUAGCCGUAUGGGUUGAAUUGUAGCUGAUGAUUAUGGAGAUGUGACAUUAUUAAACUAUUCUAGUUGCAACAUCCAUGUAAAAUCGGUGGUGUAAAUCCGACAUAUAUAAUACCUAAAGAAAAAAAAAAUCUGCAUCUCAGAGUGAACAAAGAAAUGAUACUUUGAUGUGUCUAA